AUCUAACAGGUCAACACGUGGAUGUUACUUGGUUUAUGUGCGUGACUACUACGCGCGUUUAUGCUGUGCGUAUAUAUAAUUCUUAUCUCUCACCGUCUCCCUCUUACUACCCCGUCUCUGAAACUCUCUUAAGGACGAAAUAAAGGCAAAAGGUUCGAGCGAAAUGGCAACAAAGAACAACAGAACCGACGAUGUCUUAUCCACUCAACAAGAAGAGUCUGCCUCUGGUGCAAACAAAUACCGUGGACUCGUGCUAAAGAAAAAGCCUCUUAUCUCGCAGGAUCCCAAACGUACUUGGUUUGAUUCCGCAGAUUGGGCUUUACACAAGCAAGAAGCAAGCCCAGAUGAAAGAACAAUAGCAGCAAUCGAAAAUUUAAAACCCAAAUAUUUUCAUAUACCUCGAAAGGAACUUCCCCCUACCUUUGCAUCUGGACAAGAGAUUCAGACAGAUUCAAGCGUUUAGGGUGCAACGCAAAAAGGGUUUAAUGUGGAAAUGGAACAUGAUUGGUUUGGUGUGAGCCAACUCACGUGUAUCAUACUUCCAUAAAAGCUCUUAUGCAGUUGUUGUGUUUUGCCUCCUGGCCUUUAUAAAUACUUAUAAAAUACUUAUCGUUUCAAUAAAUGUUUAAAACAUUGACAUUUGUUGCUGCUUCUUCAUUUUCU